AUGGAUUCCUUCUCCCAAAAACCUAAACCCAGAAACUCUCACUACCCAGAAGUAAUCGAUUCCAACCUCGAAGCCAAUUCGUCCUUCCAAAAACCUAAUCAUCAACAGCAGAGUUCUCUCUACCCUUCCCUUGACGUUGAUGACCUCAGCGACCUUGUCCAAACCCUAUUUCCCCGAAAUGACACCAGAAGCAGCGAUGGCAGUGUUCAUUCGCCGUCUGCUCCACCGGCCGCUACCGAGGAAGUCCUCAUCAGGAUCCCCGGCGCCAUCCUCAACCUCGUCAACACCCACUACAGCGUCGAGCUCGCUUCCGGCGACUUCUCCAUCAUCCGCCUCCGGCAGGGUGACAGCGUCGUCGCCGUUUACGCCUGCAUUGCCGACAAGAUCCAAUGGCCCCUCGCCAAGGACGAAACUGCCGUCAAGGUCGACGACUCUCACUACUUUUUCUCCUUCCGACCUCCCAAGGGCUCCGAAUCCAAUUCCGAUUCCGACGAAGAAGAUCAGCGUAGCCGCGGCUGGGAAAGUUGCCUAGUUUCUGUUUGGUGCAAAAUGGUGUCACACAAAGGGCGUAUUAUGUCUUCACUCUCAGCAGCUGAAACUUCUCAGAAGAGUGAAAGUUCAAAAGCUUAUGGUUCUGAUCAAAUUCAGGUACUUGAAGGCUUGGAUCCUGUUAAGAAAAGACCUGGAAUGUAUAUUGGAAGCAUUGGCCCGCGUGGGUUGCAUCAUAGUUUUGUGGUGUAUUUUAUCUGA